CCCUCUAGAAGCUGGCGGAGAGGCGGUCUGGCUGGCUGGGGGGCGUGCGCAACAGCUGUGCGCUCUUGGAGAGGCCAAGGAGCGGAGCGCGCGCUUGGAGAGGCCCAGGAGCGGAGGCGUGGAGAGGCCGGUUCCUUCGCCCCCUGCUCGCUCUCUCUCGGCCCGGCUGCCUCGCGGAGGUUCUCUCGGGGAGGCGGGGGCCCCUCUGCAGCCACCCAGGUGGGGCAGCCAUGGCCUUCGCCCUGCUGAGACCCGUGGCCGCCCCCCACGUCCAGCUGUACCCGGACCUCUGCCUCCUCUCCGAGGAGGACGAGGAGGAGACGCGCAGCGAGAGCGACGCCUCCUCGUCCGACCAGUCGUCCUCCGCCGGCUGCUGCGCGGCCGGCCCGGUGGUGGUGGUCAAGCAGCGGCAGGCGGCCAACGCCCGCGAGCGGGACCGGACCCAGAGCGUCAACACGGCCUUCACCGCCCUGCGCACCCUCAUCCCCACCGAGCCCGUCGACCGCAAGCUCUCCAAGAUCGAGACCCUCCGCCUGGCCUCCAGCUACAUCGCCCACCUGGCCAACGUCCUGCUCCUGGGCGAGGGAGGCGACGGCGACGGGCAGCCUUGCUUCCGCGCCCUCUGCGGCGCCAAGGGCGAGAGGGAAGCCAAGCGGCCGCGCAGCAUCUGCACUUUCUGCCUCAGCAACCAGAGGAAGGGGGGCAGCCGGCGGGAACUCAGCAGCGGGAGCUGCUUGAAGGCGAGAGGGGUGACCCCGUUGAAAGUGCUGCAAAGAUGAGCUGAGGUUCAGACAGGGGACUGCCCGUUCCCGGAGCCGCGCGAAGGUGGGAUCCACACCUCGGACACUGCGUCUGAUGUUCUGGAUUGGGGAAGGGGGGUGGGAGCGAUGGAACCUGGGGAUGGGGGGAGCCCAGCGCUUAUGAGUAGCAAACCCCAGUUAUGAAGCAGCUCCCCGCUUUGUGGACUCUGAGGAGAUGGACUGGGGCGGCGGCUGAUUCGGACUGGAACGCAGCAAGAAGUGAGAGCUGCAGAAAGAGAGGAGCGACGACUGUUCCCCCAGAGUCCUGGAGAUAUCCACCCCCCAGCCCCAAUCGGGGGAAGGGGACGAGAACUCUGUGGGUCUGGGGAUGGCCGGAGUGCAUUCCAAAGGGCGACGUCGACAUAGAACGUUAUCAGGAUUAUUGCUGGUCUCAAGGAUCGCGGUUGUCAUAGUUACGAUCCCCCGUUCAGCAGGCUUGAAAAUAAAGAUAUUUUUCACAUCC